GGAGUUUUGGAGAGAAAUCUGCAAGAGAGAGAUGAAUGGAUGGAUAAAAAAUUUGGUCUCUCCUCUUCAGAGUCUGCAAAAGUGUGUUGAACAAGUGUGUGUGAACCUGUGAAUUGCGAAGUGCGAAGAUUGCGAAGUGCGAAGCCGGCAAAGAAUACGAGAUAUAAGGUAAUUAAGGUCACUCGAAUACCUGGGAGAUUUUCUAAAAUGCCGCAAGGAAGAAGAAAAACUCCGUUCAGCGGAAAAGCUAAGAAGCAGCAGAUGCAGAUUAAAAAUCAACGAAAAACUAACAUAUUGUUAACUGGGCACCCAAGCAGAAGUGAUGAAACAAACCAAAAUAAUUUUGGGUGUAAUCUUCAGAAAAUCAACAAGUUACCUAAAGAUAACACUGACAAAAACAGGUAUGUGUUGCAAUUCUAUCAAGAAUCUAGAGAAGAAUUGCAGAAGAGGAAAGAGGAAGCCACUCGUACAAUUGAAUUACAUCCUCUAGAAAAACAAGAAGUUUCUGAUGAUUAUUUUCCACUUGAGAUUGAUAUGCCAAAGAGACCGCCUUGGGAUUUCAGCAUGACCAAAGAACAGUUAGAAGUCAGAGAGCAACGAUAUUUUCAUGAGUAUUUAAAAGAAAUGGAAAAAAUAGAAAACAUUAGUUAUUUCGAACUAAAUCUUGAAACUUGGCGACAAUUGUGGAGAGUACUUGAAAUGAGUGAUAUAUUAUUGAUCAUUGUUGAUAUCAGAUAUCCUGUAAUGAUGUUCCCUCCAUAUCUCUACAACCACGUCACUAACAAACUGGGCAAAGACAUGAUUUUAAUUUUGAACAAAAUUGAUCUAGCUCCAGCAGCAUUGGUUGUUGCUUGGCAAGAAUACUUUAAGACAAAGUAUCCCAAACUCCACAUUUUACAAUUUACGUCGUUUCCAACAUAUAAUUUAAGAGAAAAUAUUGAAAAUGAGGAAACAGCUUUGAAGUCAAGGAGAAAAAAAGGAAAAUUAAAGAUGGCUGCAGAGGGGGCCAAAAAAAUUAUGGAGACUUGCAAAGAGAUUGUUGGAGAUCAGGUUGAUUUGACUUUGUGGCAGGAAAAAAUUCAAGAAGAAAUGCAUUCAGAGUAUGAUCUUGAUGAUUUAGAAAGAAAGGAGGAAAUUUUAGUUGAGAAAAAAGACACUAGCUACUAUGAACAUGAAAAGUACAAAAGUGGAAUUUUAACCAUUGGUUGUAUUGGUACUCCAAAUGUUGGAAAAUCCUCGCUGAUUAAUGCUUUAAUGGGGAAAAAAGUUGUCAGUGUUUCUAGAACCCCCGGCCAUACCAAACAUUUUCAGACGAUCUUUCUUACGAAAAAUGUUUGCCUGUGCGACUGUCCCGGUUUAGUUUUCCCGUCAACGGUACCUAAACAGUUUCAGAUUCUAAUGGGAUCCUAUCCUAUCGCACAAGUCCGAGAACCUUAUACAGCUAUCAAGUUUCUGGCAGAGAGGGUAGAUUUGCCAAAAUUGUUGAAACUGCAGCAUCAGGAAAAUGAUAACACCUGGUCUGCCAUGGAUAUUUGUGAUAGCUGGGCCGCGAAAAGAAACUUUCAUACAGCAAAAUCAUGUAGACUGGACACGUACAAAGCGGCAAACUUCUUGCUUCGUUUGGCUUUAGAGGGAAAAAUUUGUAUUUACGCCUAUCCUCCUAAGUGGUCUACUGAAAAAGAACGUUGGGAAAGUCAUCCCGAUGUCGAGAUUGUUAAGUGGAUUCAGGCGAGGACCCGUAUCGAAGGCGAUAAGCCGCCUAGUGUGAUUGAUUCUAUGUCGGAAUCGGAAGAGGAAAACGCAGAAGUUUGUGAUGAAAACGCAGAUGUAGAAAACGAUAGCGUCGAAAAAACAGACGAUGAAGAAGAAUCGGAUGAUGAAGUGGAGGUGAUCAAAAUGUCGACCUUAGAAAACAAAUUUAAGCUUUUAGCAGAUGAUUAAAGCUGCGCAACUAGUUGGAGGCAGUAUUUUUUUUUAAUAAAAAAUAAUAUUUUUUGAAAUACUCGAGUAAAUUUUUUUGAAAAACUUUCUUCUUCAAUCGAGAUUCGAAGAUUUUAAGACAUCUU